AGCGAGGACGUACAAUAGUUGAGAUUCUCGCUCUGGUCAUUUUGCAGCAUCAGCUGCUGUGGGAGCGGGCUGGAUUUAUGCUGGGUGCCCCCCCCCGCGCUUCUUCUUUUCUUUUUUUUUAAAUAUAUCUCUCUGCUUCCAAUCGCCUUGGCUAGGGAGCUCCCCCUCCCUCUUUUCUCCCCGUACUUCCAGAUCUAGCAGUAUUGGAUGGUGGGGAAAGGGGGGAGAAAUUACCAAGGUUUUCCCCCCCCCGGGGGGGAAACCCCUCCCUAAUUUCACUGGCUCUGUGCUUUGCCCCGCUCCCGCCUCUGGACCGAGCGCUCCGCUUCCUCCGCGCACCAGCCACCCCCGGAACCGGGAGCGAUGCAAAAAGAGGAAGAGCGGCGGGGCUGCAGGAUUUUCUGAAUUCUUUGGAACAUCCUCCUCUUCCUCCUCCCCCUUUCCAGAAAACAGCCUUCCCGGUUUGAUUCGAGCCCCAGUUGGAAAUCUCGAGGCUCGCGGAAGGGCGGCUUUCCUCGAGCAGACCCGAGCGAGGGGGGGCUGAGGCGAGGCGAGGCGCCCACCCCCGUCCGCCCCCUUCCUCUUCCUCUUCCUCCCCGCUCCGCCCCUCCCUCCAACGAUCCAGGAUGGAGAAGAGCGCCGAGCAGCCCGAGGCCCCCGCCGGGGAGCAACAGCCGGGCGAUCCCGGAGCCUCCCGCAGGACCCUCCCAGAAGUGAUGCCGCCACCUCGGAAGGAACAGACAGCACCCUUGGUGGGGAAGGCAGAGACACAGCCUGGCCACCAGACCCCCCCAGCCCUCCAACCAGCAGCCACACCUGUGCCAACUGCAGCUGUGAUACUGCCAGGCCCAAAUGACUUCCCAGGCAUCAAGACCCCUAGCAUACCUGUCUCGGACCCGGGGUCUGCUCUCCAGACUCACCAGCCCAGCCCCCUGCCCGCCUCCCCACUUCCGGAAGCAGAACACUUGCCCCCUAAGAGCGAUCGCCCCCCGCCCAUCGGAGCCCCAAGUCCACCUCAAACAGAGGAAGUGCGUGGCAGCGCCCGUCUGCCCCCCAAGAGCGAGCAACCUCAGCAUGCCCAGGGUUCAGCCAGCCCCCGAGCAAAACAAGAUUCUCAGAAGGCCCAAGCCAGACACAGGUUGGCCCGGGAGCGUCGUGAAGAGCGAGCCAAACAUCUGGCCGCCAAACGGGCGGUGUGGUUGGAGAAAGAAGAGAAGGCCCGCGUGUUGCGGGAGAAGCAGCUGGAAGAGAGACGGAGGCGGCUGGAAGAGCAGCGGGUGCGGGCGGAGAAGCGACGAGCUGCCCUGGAAGAGCGCCAGCGUCAAAAGCUGGAGAGGAACAAGGAGCUCUACGAAGCUGCCAUCCAGCGCUCCGCAAAGAAAACGUGGGCUGAAAUCCGGCAGCAGCGAUGGUCGUGGGCUGGGGCGUUGCACCAGGGCUCCCCGGUUCACAAGGAGGGUGCAAGCAGGUGUUCUCUCUCUGCUGUAAAUCUCCCCAAACAUGUGGACUCUAUAAUCAACAAACGCCUCUCCAAAUCUUCUGCCACCCUCUGGAACUCACCCAGUAGAAAUAGAAGUCUUCAACUGAGUCCCUGGGAGAGCAGCAUCGUCGACCGGCUGAUGACCCCCACGCUCUCCUUCUUGGCCCGCAGCAGGAGCGCUGUGACCCUGGCCGGCAAUGGCAAGGAGCAGGCAGUACCCGUGUGCCCCCGCUCAGCGUCUGCCAGCCCUGUAAGCCCCUGCAGAAACCAACGUUUACAUCAUCGUUGUGCAGAGCGACGGCGGCCAGCAACCAGCAGCCCGGAUGUAACACCUCGGUAUAAGCCUCAGUCCUCUCCUAAAAAGAAAGAGAAGAAAGACAAGGAUCGGGAAAAUGCCCAGGAGAAGAGUGCCUUAGCCCUCCGCAAACGCCACUCUACGCCUUCUGGCCAGGCGCGUCAGCUGCGUGUACCCGAAGGCAGCCCAGGCAACAAGCCCAGGCCAGCCUCACCAGCUGUUGCCAGACAGCGCCCAGCCUCGCCAAGCCCGGGUCCCAGCUCUUCACAUCGGCUGGGCCUGGCUCGCAAUGCCCAGUCCUCGCCCAAGGGGCGAGCUCGCAGGGAGCCCGAGGGCCAGCCAAGGGCCCGUGAAUGCAAGAAUGAGCAGAAGGAACGUGGGACAGCUUCCCCGGCCCCCGAGGAGAGCUUGAAGACAACAGGGAGCAGCGAAACAGCAGCAGAUGCCGCCGCCCCCUCUGGGGCUGCGAGCCCGAUGCCCGCAGCUCCUCCCCCAACGCCGGGCAAACCAAUGGCUGGCACCACGGACCGAGAGGAGGCCGCACGACUGCUGGCUGAGAAACGGCGGCAAGCGCGGGAGCAGCGCGAGCGGGAGGAGCAGGAGCGGAGGGAGCAGGCGGAGCGGGAGCGGCGCCUGGCGGAGGAGCGGGCCGAGCAAGAAGCCAGAGACCGCCUACAGCAGCAGGUUGAGGAGGCCAGGUUGGAAGAACAGCUUGCCCGUCAGGAGCAGCACGAGGCCCAGGAACGGGCCCGGGCAGAGCAGGAGGAACAGGACCGGCUGCAGAAGCAGAAGGAGGAAGCCGAGGCUCGGGCCCGGGAGGAGGCUGAGCGCCAGCGGGUGGAACGGGAAAAGCGUUUCCAGAGGGAAGAACAAGAGCGUCUGGAGCGGAAGAAGCGCCUGGAAGAGAUCAUGAAACGGACGCGGAAAGCCGACGGAGCUGAUGCGAAGAAAAAAGAGGACAAGAAGAUGGUGAAUGGCAAGGAAAGGAAGCAAGAGGGUGGAAUGGGUCCAGAUGGCAAGAAAUACCCUGGAAGUCUUCCCAAGGAAGAAGAACUGCCCGAGAUGCAGUCCUCAAGUCCGGCCAGUCACAAAGGGCUGGGUCCAGAGGGCAUGCAGCACAGCUCCCCCAUGAACCCCACCCUGGCCCUGGUGAACGGCCUGCAGUCCAGCAAGCAUGAGAAUGGCUUCCCCUCUCCCCAGGAGCCUGCAGGGCCUGGGCUAAGUGUGGCUGAUGAGCCCAUCCUGCCUUUUUCCAACAAGGAGCCGUUCCUCAAUAAGGCUGUGGCCAAGGCUCCACAGAUUACAGAGGUUCUGUAGAUGGGGAUGCCAAAGGACGGGUGCAACGAUGUGCCAACUCUGGCUAAAUUAGAUUGGAAGAUGAUCACCCAGUGGGGACUCUGCCCCUCCAUGGACUUGAGGGCAACGCAGGAGCCAGGCUGGGGGGCCCAGCCCCGUGGACUCUCUCUUCCUCCUCCUGUCCUCAUUUAUGAUUAGUAUUAUUUUUUUAAUAAGCACCUUAUCAGACUGACCCCAUCCCAUAGCUCAUCCCUCAACACUAUAUAACCACGUAGCUAUUUAACUGGCUGAGUAACAAAGGAUGUGAAUAAUGUAUAUAAACUUCGAUGUUAGCAUAGGGACUGAGCCAACAGUCGCCUUUGCGAUCUCGCUGCCCCUUGGGGGGUAUUCUUGGGUGAGGGCCAGGUCGUGGGAAGGGGAGAUCAGACCCCACCUCUGGUUGGGUUUCGUAAGCGAGCGUGUGUCGAUGUUGUGGGUGAGUGUCUGCUACAGCCAACGGGAAGCGUCUAGAUCUCUUAUUUAAAUUCUCCCCGUUGGUCUCAGCCAGGAGAUGGGCAACGUUGUGUGGCUGUGUGUGUGUAUGUGUGUGCACUGUGAGCGACUCAGCAGCUGCCAUCGUCCAACACACUGUGCAUUUUCUUUUUUUUGGGGUGCUGCUGUUUCUCGGUGUGGCGUUGGCUGGGACUGCUGCACUCAGUGUCACUGUGACAGUAUUAUGCAUCUGAGCAACCUUUUGUGGACAAUAAAAUGGAGAAAUCAUG